AUGACUGUUGGGCUGAAUCGGAAAGAGACGAGAAUGGCCCUUGCAGACUACGUUCAUGCUAGAGGCUUGAAACUUGGGAUAUAUGCUGAUGCUGGUAAUAGAACCUGCAGUAACCAAAUGCCUGGCUCUCUUCAUCAUGAAUAUGAAGAUGCAAAAACUUUUGCUCAAUGGGGAGUUGAUUACAUCAAGUAUGACAAUUGCUACCAUGAUGGUACAAGAAAUCGAGAGAGAUAUACUGCUAUGGGCCACGCAUUGCAGAAAAUUAAACGGCCAAUUCACUUCUCUUUAUGCGAAUGGGGACAAGAAGAUCCAGCAAAAUGGGCUGGUGCCUAUGGCCAUUCUUGGAGGACAACAGGGGAUAUUAAUGAUACCUUUGCAAGUGUAACUUGGAUUGCAGAUUUAAACAACCGUUGGGGGAGAUAUGCUGGACCUGGCAGGUGGAAUGAUCCUGAUAUGUUGGAAGUGGGCAACGGAGGGAUGACUAUGGACGAAUACCGGUCUCAUUUUAGCAUUUGGUCUCUUAUGAAGGCUCCUCUUCUCAUUGGAUGCGACCUUCGAUCUGUAAGCAACAGGACCCUAAGGAUCCUUGGGAACAAAGAAGUGAUAGAAGUAAAUCAAGACUCACUAGGAGUUCAAGGGAGGAAACUACGAUCCAAAGAUGGCCUAGAAGUAUGGGCAGGGCCAUUAUCAGACAACAGGGUUGUGGUAGUGUUAUGGAACCGAAGCGAAUUGAGGGCUCUUAUAACUGCUGUGUGGAGGGAUUUUGGACUCUCUCCUAACACACCAGCCAUUGUUAGAGACUUGUGGAAGCACAAAUAUGUUUCCAUGAAUAAGCGCGAUAGAUUGACGGCAUCCGUAGCUCCUCAUGCUUGCAAGAUGUAUGUUCUGACACCACUCCAAAGUUGAAGGAGGCUAUCAUUUUAUUGAACUUUUAGGAUAGUUUAGCAUUUUUUAUUUUUGUGCAUAGCCCCCUUUGGAUCUUUUUUUUUUUUCCUUAUUGAGUGUUGAGGGAGAAUCUAGUAAAUGCAAAAUAAAUUAUUUCAUCUGAAGCAAAUAAAAUUCAAUUAUAUUUGAGUCAGGGUAUGAUGAAUCGAUUUUAAUUCGAUGUCUUGUGAUAUGAACAAAGUAUAUGAUCUUGUCAGCUAUAUAAAC